CUCACAAUCGUGUCAGUUCCCAAAUAUUUCAGAAACGGGGAAUUCAUGGUCGUCUCGUCGUAUCUCUGUGGUGUUUAUUCGGGAGAAUAUGAUCAUCAUGAAAGGUUCAGUUGUUCUUCAGCUGCUGCUCGUGACUCUGAGCGCGUCUGUGAUGAGCGCGAGAGACGCGCGGGAGAUCGUCGGGAAUUUCAUGGAGGAUGAGCGCGAGAGCUGGCGGUUCAGCCGCACCAUCAAACACUGGAACCGCUUCAGAGACGAUGACUACAUCCGUACACUGGACGAUCCACAGACUUCUGAUGAAGGUGUGGAUACCACUAAAGAUCCAUGUCAGAAGGUGAAAUGCAGUCACCAUAAGGUGUGUGUUGCUCAGGGUUACCAGAGAGCCGUGUGCAUCAACCGCAAGAAACUGGAACACAGGAUCAGACAGUCUGAAUCGAAGCCUCAUUCUAACAGCUGUAAACCCUGUUCAGUGACGUCCUCGACUGCUGUGUGUGGAUCAGAUGGUCGUAACUAUGCAUCACAGUGUAAAAUGGAGCAGCAGGCCUGUUUGUCGGGUAAAGAUGUGUCUGCGUUAUGUUCUGGUUUAUGUCCUUGUGUCAGUGCUGGAGGUCCUAAACCAGAACCCAAAAUCAAGACUGAUCCAGAGACCUCAUCUGAACCCAAACCAGUCUCUGGAGAGAUCUGUACUGGUCAGGAUUUGGCGGAUCUGGGUGACCGGCUCAGAGACUGGUUUCAGCUUCUCCAUGGCAACGCUAAGCAGAACAACUCUGGACGACAGAGCACAACAUCAGUGUUUGACAAGGCUGUCGUGGCGGGCUGUAAGGACUCUAUCGGCUGGAUGUUCUCCAAGCUGGACACCAGUAAUGACCUGUUCCUGGAUCAGUCUGAGCUCGCCGCCAUAAACCUGGAGAAAUAUGAAUUGUGCAUUAGACCUUUCUUCAACUCCUGUGACUCCUACAGAGACGGCAAAGUCUCCACGGCAGAAUGGUGUCUGUGUUUCUGGAGAGAGAAACCUCCAUGUUUGGCUGAGAUCGAGAGACUCCAGAUACAGGAAGCGUCUAAAAGUAAACCAGGCAUGUACAUCCCCAGCUGUGAUGAAGACGGCUUUUACAGGAAGCUGCAGUGUGACCACAGUCACACCGUGUGCUGGUGCGUCGAUCCGCACGGAACAGAGGCCACGGGGUCACGUAUCCAUGGAAACCCAGACUGCGAUGAUCUGGUCAGCUCUGGAGGUUUCAGCAGCGGAGUCGGAUGGGAGGAUGAAGAGGAGAAAGAGGCAGAGGAGGAGAGGAGGAGGAGCCGGGAGAAAGUGAUGACGGAGGAUACAUCUGGUAAAACAUCUACAGGUGUCCAUGAGCGCUGCAGACCAACCCGUCCACUGUUCUGAUUCAGUAGUGUCAUUCAUGUUCUGACUAGCGUCAGUAACGGAUUUCCUCAUUGGUUUAGGCUUGAAACUGUCUCUCUAGGAUGCGAGCACGAACGCAUCUUGCUACUAAAUGUUUGACUGGGCCAAAUCACUCAUUUCACACAUUUAGCUGCAAGACAGUCUUAAAGGAAUAUUCCGGGUCCAACACAAGUUGAAGUGACUCAUCCCACAUUUACUUUAAAAAAGUCGUGCACUUACAGUACAAUGGAAGUCAAUGGGGUCCAUUUUUGGAAGGUUUAAAGAACCCCAUUUUGGAAAUGUGAAGCGUAUCAUUUUAUAAAAGCACUUGCAUUGAUUCUUCUGUUAAAACUUGAGCUGUAAAGUUGUUUAAAUCAUUGUUUUUAUGGUCAUUUUAGCAUUUUAGAGUUUGCGUGGUUACGUCGUCAUGGCAACGAAGUUGUAAAAUUGUCUAUAACUUCACACAGAUGUGGUCAAAUCAUGUUUAAACACAUAUUGUUUACGUCUUGUGUCUAUACUUGUGAAACAGUAUUUUAAUGUUGACAGAUUAAACCCCAUUGACUUGCAUUGGAAGUGACUCACUGGACCACACAUUUGUGCUUUUAUUUUAUUAAAACAAUUCUGGACACACUUAUAAUUUUAAAUUAGACUUUGUUUGGAGUAAUUGAACAAAUUGUAAAUGUUGUUUGGGAUCUCUUUUGUGUUCCUUUUAGUUGUGAUAGGAUAUCACAUUACUCAAUUUAAUUAAUAGUGUAACUCAAUAAAAUUAAUAAAGUCAUAUGAUACAAUAAUAACAUUUCAGUUGUAAUUUUAAAACCUUGCGACUUUUAUUUUGGCGGGACAUCCCAUGAAUAAUGCUAAUAACAGUAGCUUCACAAGCCGUUUGUCUGCUAUGAGAGUGUCAACAACAUUUGGAAUGCCCAAUUCCCGCUACUUAGUAGCUCUUCCUGGUGGCGCGGUUACUCGCCUCAAUCUGGGUGGCGGAGGACGAGUCUGAGACGUCAAUCCGCGCAUCUGAUCACGUGACUCGUUGUGCAUGACACCGCGGAGACUCACAGCAUGUGGAGACUCAUGCUACUCUCCAUGAUCCACACACAACUCACCACACGCCCCAUUGAGAGAACCACUAAUCACCACCACGAGGAGGUUACCCCAUGUGACUCUACCCUCCCUAGCAACCGGCCCAAUGUGGUUGCUAAGGAGACCUGACUGGAGUCACUCAGCACGCCCUGGAUUCAAACUCAAGACUCCAGGUGUGAUAGUCAGCGUCAAUACUUGAGCUACACAGACCCCUGGGGAUCUGGACUUUAAUGUGCAACAUAAACAUUGCUAGCAAACCAGCCUAUGGUGGUUUGCUAUUUUUAGCUGGUUUCCACUGGUCAAGCUGGUCUAGUUUGCAUGGUUUUAGACGGGUUUUCAGAUUUGUCAGCUUAAACAAGUUAUGACCAGCAUACAAUCCCAGCUGGGGAAAAAACAUCUCAAACCAGCCUAAGGUUGUGUGCUGGUUUUAGCUGGUUUAGACUGGUCAAGCUGGUCUAGUUUGAUAGUUUUAGAUGGGUUUUCAGAAUUUUUUAGCUAAACCAUCUUAAACAAGUUAGGAACAGCAUACAAUCCCAGCUGGGGAAAAAACAUUUAAAACCAUCCUAAGGUUGUUUGCUGGUUGUAGCUGGUUUCCACUGGUCAAGCUGGUCUAGUUUGUUGGUUUUAAUGGGGUUUUCAACACUUGUCAGCUAAACCAGGUAAGACCAGCAUGCAAUCACUGCUAAAGAACCCCCCCAGCUCAAACCAGCCUACAGUGGUUUGCUAGUUUUAGCUGGUUUUCACUGGUCAAUCUAGUCUAGUUUCAUAGUUUUAGAGGUGCUUUCAGUACAUUUCAGCUAAUCCAGCUCAAACCAGUUAAGACCAGCAUGCAGCCCCUACUGAAGAACCCCCAGCUCAAACCAGCCUACAGUGGUUUGCUAGUUUUAGCUGAUUUAUGCUGGUCAAUUUGGAUUAUUUUGAUGAUUUUAGAGGGGCUUUUUUUUUUUAGCAGUGAAUUAAAAUGUACAUGAUUUCAUAAACAUUGAUUUUUGUCCAUUAGUGUUUCUCUUACUGGAUUUUAAAGUCAAGUUUAUUACUUUAUUAUUAAGUCACAUUAUUGUCCAAGUUUUCAGCCUUUUUUCCUUCAUUUUUAUUUUCGCCGGCCGAAAUUUUUAGUGCAUCUCUAGAACCCAAAAAAUAUUCCUUUAAACUCAACGAGAGUAUCAGGACCACGAGUGGAGAAACCCAAAGGCUCGACUGGUUUUGACCUUAAUGUCCGUAAUCAGAGGAUUUGUGAUGCAUUAAUCUGUAAUCUGCAUUAUUAACAGGGUAUUUUGUUGUUUCAUUAGAAAUGAUUUAUGCAAAAAGAACUUAUGGAUUGCUUUAGAUUAUUAGCUUUAAAACCACUCAACGCAUUUCUUCUCUAACUUGAAUUUGCAUUUGCUUAAUGUUUCUUUCUGUUAAUUAUAACCUGUGCGCGGACGCUUGAGUUGUUGAAUGUAAAGUAUUGCAUGAAAAUGCUUUUUAAAUGGUCAUUUUUUUCUGUGUAAUAACAGUAAAACAACCUUUCUGAUCCCAAUGUACAAUAGAUGUAUAAUGUUCAGAUAGAGACUUUACCUAAAGGUGGUAAUAUCGGCUCAUGUUGGCGAUGAGACGGUGCUUUCCUAAAUCUAUACAAUAAAAUAAUUGAACCGUCUCUGUGUAUAAAGGAAUAUUUUAUGUUGCUGGACUUCUCCGAAGAAAUAUCUGAAUUUACUGAGCUUGACAAAUGCAUCUGAAAAUCAGUCGUUGCCAGCCUAAGGUUGUUUGAUGGUUUUAGCUGGUUUACACUGGGCAAGCUGGUCCAGUUUAUAGUUUUAGCUGGUUUACACUGGUCAAGCUGGUCUAGUUUGAUAGUUUUUGAGGGGUUUUCAGAUUUGUCAGCUUAAACUAGUUAGGACCAGCAUACAAUCCCAGCUGGGGAAAAAACAUCUCAAACCAGCCUAAGGUUGUUUGCUGGUUUUAGCUGGUUUACACUGGUCAAGCUGGUCUAGUUUAUGGGUUUUCAGCACCUGUCAGCUAAACCAGUUAAGACCAGCAUGCAAUCUCUGCUAAAGAAUUCUCCAGUUCAAACCUGCCUUAGGUGGUUUGCUAGUUUGAGCUGGUUUCCACUGGUCAAGCUGGUCUAGUUUGUUGGUUUUAGAGGGGUUUUCAGCUUUGUCAGCUUAAACAAGUUAGGACCAGCAUACAAUCCCAGCUGGGGGAAAAAAAACAUCUCAAAGGUUGUUUGCUGGUUUUAGCUGGUUUACACUGAUCAAGCUGGUCUAGUUUGUUGGUUUUAAUGGGGUUUUUAACACUUGUCAGCUAAACCAGUUAAGACCAGCAUGCAAUCCCUGAUAAAGAAUUCCCCAGUUUAAACCAGCCUUAGGUGGUUUGCUAGUUUUAGCUGGUUUCCACUGCUCAAGCUGGUAUAGUUUGUUGGUUUUAGAGCGGUUUUCAGCUUUGUCAGCUUAAACAAGUUAGGAGCAGCAUACAAUCCCUGAUACGGGGUUUUUCUGGUUUAAGAGGGUUUAGUUGGUCUCCCAGCCCAAACGUCCUCCUAAAACCAUCAAAACAGACCAGCUUGACUCACCACCUCAUGUUGUUUUGUUUUUUCAGCAUGGAGCUUUCUUUACACUCUGAGACCACAAACAUACACAUUUAUAACCAGAGUAAACAAUUAUGACGUUUUUACUGGUUUAUGUAAAUGAUGCUACUUAAUUCUGAUGAUUGUCAUAUUUCCUGCAGAUUUGAUAAUAAAACUGAGA